AUGGCUGACGCCCUUGCAGCCUCACCACGGCGCAUUUCUCAUAUUGUGCCUGAGACAGAACCACUAAUUUUGGUUGACACGUUCAAGAGAGUUCCGGCUGGCUCCUUCGUUUUCUUCCUUUCGCACUUCCAUGCCGAUCAUUACAGUGGACUUUCGAAAUCAUGGUCGAGAGGUACCGUGUAUUGCUCCGUUGUGACCGCAAGGCUUCUCAUUGCGAUUCUCCGUGUAAAUAGUGCCCUAGUUCGCGGCCUGGAUUUCGACACCGAGUACGAGAUUGCCAGUGCGCGCGUCACGCUCCUGGAUGCCAAUCACUGCCCGGGCGCUGCAAUGUUCCUUGUUAAGACGAAGGGGGGGAAAACGUAUUUGCACACAGGAGAUUUCCGUUACGACCGGAGCAUGAGCGAUCACCCGGUUCUCCGCAAUGGCCUCAUUGACGUAUUGUUUCUCGACACUACUUACUACAAGCCAGAGUGCGUAUUCCGGCCACAAGCAGAAGCGAUCCAGAACGCUGUGGUGAUUGCCCAGGAGGCCUGUAAAGAGAGUGGCGAACACGGAAGAGUUCUAUUCCUUGUGGGUUCAUAUACCAUCGGAAAGGAGAAGGUGGUGGCCGCCCUCUCGAAGGCAUUCGGAUGGAGAGUGUACGCGAGUGGUCGGCGACGCUGCAUCCUUGACUGCCUGCAGUUAGAACAGCUAAACAGUGGGAAUCUCACCGACGAUCCCGCGGAUGCGCUAAUACACAUUGUUCCGAUGAACACCAUAGGAAUUCGGGAUCUACCACUGUCCAUCUUCUUGAGUACAGCGAGCAUUCGAGUUACACCGAACUCAGGGAAUUUAUAA